UACAUAUAAAUAUAUAUAUAUUAUAUAUUAUGGCCUCUGCAACAACUGCUGCUCCAAUGGACAUUGAUUCUUCUUCUGGUGUCAAAGACGAUAGUUAUGUCUUACCUUGGGUAGAAAAAUAUCGACCUAUUAUUCUCAAAGACGUGGUAGGCAAUGAAGAAACAGUGGCUCGCUUGAAUGCAAUCGCUCGUGAUGGCAACAUGCCUAAUAUUAUCUUGACGGGUUUACCAGGAAUUGGGAAAACAACAAGUAUUCUUUGUCUUGCUCAUGAAUUAUUAGGACCUGCAUACAAGGAAGCUGUAUUAGAACUGAAUGCAUCUGAUGACAGAGGUAUUGAUGUCGUUCGAAAUCGAAUCAAGAGUUUUGCACAAAAAAAAGUGACUUUACCUCCUGGAAGACAUAAGAUUAUCAUUUUGGAUGAAGCUGAUAGUAUGACGGGUGGUGCACAACAAGCUUUGCGUCGUACAAUGGAAAUCUACUCAAAUACAACGCGAUUCGCGCUGGCGUGCAAUCAGUCCAACAAAAUCAUUGAACCCAUUCAAUCACGAUGUGCCACUUUACGCUACACCAAACUUUCAGAAUCUCAAGUUUUAGCACGAUUACAAGAAAUUUGUACUGCCGAACAUGUACCUGUCACUGAUGAUGGAUUGGAAGCUUUGAUUUUUACAGCAGAUGGAGAUAUGCGACAAGCCAUCAACAACUUACAAUCAGCAUUUUAUGGGUUUGGACAUGUUAAUGGGGACAAUGUAUUCAAAAUUUGCGAUCGUCCUCAUCCUGUACUGAUUCAAACAAUGAUGAAACAAUGUGCUGAUGGUAAUGUACGUGCAGCUGGUGAUAUCGUUCGUGAACUUUACUUGAAGGGCUAUUCAUCAUUGGAUAUCGUCACCACCAUGUUCCGAGUCGUGAAAAGUUUUGAUGAAUUGGGUGAUGAACUACAAUUGGAUUUUUUGAAAGAAAUUGGAUUUGUCCACAUGCGAAUUAUGGAUGGAUAUCAAAGUCUGUUACAGUUAGCUGGGCUUGUUGCCAAACUUUGUCAAGUCAAAACUUCAAAGACAUAGUUUAGUGGUUUUUUUUUUAUGUUCUUUUUUUAUUUUAUAUCUUAUAUAUAUCGUAUUCUUCCGCAUCACACAAUAAAUACAUAUACUUUACAUACUGUU